UUUCACAGCCACCGUAGAGGGAGCUUGCCCUAACCAACAUGGCGCUUCCCUUGCGGACCAAUUUAAAACGUUUCUUCUGUUUCAUUCAGAAGUUUAAACCUCCGAAAAGGUGCUUCUGCGCUGCGGUCUGUCCGGAAAACAAGAAGCCUCCUGGAAGUGCUCGUGUAUUCUCAGGGAUCCAGCCAACCGGAGUGCCGCAUCUAGGCAACUACUUGGGUGCACUGGAAAACUGGGUGGCCCUGCAGAACCAGUACCCCUCAGUGCUCUACAGCAUAGUGGAUCUGCAUUCCAUCACUCGGCCUCAGGAUCCAGACCAACUCAGGAACAACAUACUGGACAUGGCAGCAAGCUUGCUGGCCUGUGGAAUAGACCCACAGAAGGUGAUCCUGUUUCAGCAGUCUCAGGUGCCUGAGCACGCAGAGCUCUGCUGGAUCCUCGGCUGCCUGACCAGCAUGCCCCGACUGCGCCACCUACCGCAGUGGAAGAUGAAGACCAAACUGAAGAACGAGGGCAGCGUUGGGCUGUACACAUAUCCCGUCCUGCAGGCUGCCGACAUCCUGCUCUACAAGUCCACACAUGUCCCUGUCGGAGAGGACCAGGUCCAGCAUCUAGAGCUGGCUCAGGAUCUCGCUCGGAUCUUCAACAACAGCUACGGAGAGCUGUUUCCUGAGCCGCGCGCGCUGCUGAGUUCGACACGAAAGGUUAAGUCCCUCCGUAACCCUUCCACCAAAAUGUCAAAGUCCGACCCCCAAACGGUGGCCACCAUCACCAUGACUGAUUCUCCAGACGACAUCGCACUUAAGAUCCGCCGCGCCGUCACAGACUUCACCUCCGAGGUCACCUUUGACCCAGAGACGCGCCCGGGCGUGUCCAACCUGGUGAUGAUCCAUGCCGCCAUGGCAAAGAUCAGCGUGGAGGAGGCGUUGUUGCAAGCAAGGGGCAUGGACACGGGGGCCUACAAGGGACUUGUGAGUGAAGCUGUGAUCCAGAGGUUGACGCCCAUCAGAGAGGAGAUCCAAAGGCUGAGGGCGGACCGGGUUCACCUGGAGGGGCUGCUGGCGCAGGGGAAACACAGAGCUCGGGAGCUGGCUGCACCCGUCCUUGCAGAGGCCCAACAGAGAGUGGGCUUCUGCUGAAAGGCGUCGAGGGCGGAAAAUAACUUAAUUUCUGCUGCUGGUGUUAAUGAUCGGUGCUUCACUAAUGAGAAGACAUGUUCCAGGGACUGUUUUUCUGCUGUGAUGUUGUUUUUGGCUGACUCAUUCAGAGUGGAACUGGUUGCUGGUCCAGCUGUGGUUCUGAAUGAGGACACUGCACUGCCUGUUGGGUCCUUUAGUCAUAUCACACAUAUGACUCCUUUAUUUAGCACUUAGUCCUCUUCUGAAUACAGUAUAGGCUGUCUUUGAUGUUCUCAACUGUGUUUUUCAUCUUUCUACUCAGUUUGUGUUCAGGCAGAAGUCAUGUGCUGCCAAAACAUUAAAAACGUCUGAAAACUCAACAAUACCACUCACCUCACUCGAGUUCGGGUCCGGCUGUUUCAUUGUGAAUUGUUCAGCAGACACCAAGCAACAUUGGUUUUAUUUUUGGAAAUGGACAGAAGGAUUAUUUGAUUCUUCCAGGAGAGGCUGGACCCAUCAUCUUCAUACAUUUCAAAACUGAAGAUUAGACGUAUGACAGGAUCUACUGGUGUGUGUUACUUUCCUUAACCUAGGUUGUUUAAUUAAAUGUUCAUUUUAAAGCGGAAUAAAAUAAGUCCUUCAGUCUGGAUAGGAAUGCCUUCUGAGCAACACUUAUAAUUCUGUGCCACGCUUCUGUCUUUCAUCCUCACCCAAACAUUUUCACAACCUAAAACUUAACGGGUGAAAGUCCAAGACCGUUUCAGACUGAAAUGAGCAUAUAUCUGCAGCUAACGCUACGGGAACACAACAGCACAUAUUCGUCUCUGGUAACGAUUUCCAAGGUUGGAGCAGAGAGAGAGAGAUCUCACCAGCUCACCCCACAGGUUCUGUACAGGGUUUAGGUCUAAGGACUGGGUCCAUUUAAUGAGGCUACGUUUUGUACCUGAUAACACAUUUCUGUUGUUUUGGGUCAUUAUCCUGCUGAAAGAUCCAGUGAUGAUGCCCUUCUAGUUUUAUGACAGAAAUCACCACCUGUUUUUAUUUAUUUCACAGUUCUUGAUGUCCUGAACAAGGUGCAUUGGGGUCUUUAGUAGAGAGACAGGCCCACAGCAUCACAGAUCCUCCACUGUACAGUGGUUGGAGUUGCUUUUCCACAAUUUGUUUUAAUGACAGACACACUCUCUUCUGACCAAAUCACAAGAGUUCAAGUGAACUUAGUGAACUUCCUAUAUUUAUGUUUGUGUUGCCUCAUCCCAAAACAACCAGCUGGCAUGGUAGGGUCUAAUGGUCAUUAGUCAGAUAUUGUGACUCAAGAUGUUCAUUUUUUCAGCAGUUCUCCAACAGUGAGCUUUUUUUCUUUGUCUAACAUUGUACUCUAUGCCAAUUACUGCUCUCCCUGCUAUACUCGACAUGGCUUGUUUAUCUUGGUCUUUCCCAUUUUGAAGAGUGCUCAGAGAAAUUGGCCUUUAUGUCCCAGCAUAUUUAUACUCCAGAGAUAGAAGACCUGAUGGAUUAUCAAUUAAAAGUUUCUGGACUAUCUGAAAAACCUAAAAAAAAAAAAAAACUAAAGUAUACUUCCAAAAUGGCUUCAUUCCGAUUUUUAAGGGAAAAUGUCCCAAAUGAUUAAUUUGUAAAAAAAAAAAACAACAAAAUUGAUUGAAUGCAAUUGCAUGCAAGGUUGUAUUUUUCAGUUUGACAUUAUUCUGCAAUAAAAGAUGCAUUUAUUUAAA